UGGAGGAGCGGAGACUUCUGACGUCAGGCGAGGAGAAUGACAAGCGCGUCCAAUGAGGGGCCGAGGAUGUGCAGCGCGAGGACGGAGCUUCCGACAGAAGGCUAAUAACCAUGCCAACCGAGGAAUAUAGCGCGCGCCUCUGACUGGGGAGAAAAGGGGAGAACGAGAGGGGGGGGAACCCGAAAAGAAGAACAUAUUUUUAAGAAUUACAUGCACAGUGGAGGAUAAAAGACAAGAGGGACAUCCUGGUUUCCUGCAGGGGGGAAGAAGAAGAAGACAAGCUGCUAUGAUUCUCUCCCUGGCCGCGGCGGCAGCCAUGAGUAGCGGCAGCGGCGGCAGCCUCAACUCCUCCUCCCCCCUCGACCCCUUCGACUCUUCCACUUCCUGGAGUCUGGCCGAGGACCCCUCCAACUCCUCCUCUGAGCCAGUCGUGCGAACUCUGACCCCUGACCUCCAGCCAGCGACCACCGCUGUAGCUGUGCAGGAAGUCAGCCCCUGGGAUAUUGCGCUUUGUGUGACCGGGACGCUCAUCUCCUGCGAGAACGCUCUGGUGAUCGCCGUGUUGUUCUACACACCGACGCUCCGCGCUCCGAUGUUCAUCUUGAUUGGAUCGCUGGCGGUGGCGGAUCUUCUGGCCGGCCUGGGCCUCAUCUUGAACUUUGUCUUCACCUAUUUGGUUGACAGCUCGGUGGAGUUCGUGACCCUGCUGUCAGUCGGACUGCUCAUCUCUGCCUUCUCGGCGUCCGUCCUCAACAUCCUCGCCAUCACAGUGGACCGUUACCUGUCGCUGUACAAUGCCCUGACCUACCACACCGAACGGACAGUCACCUUCACCUACGUGAUGGUGGUCUUCAUAUGGGUGUCGUGCCUCACGCUCGGCUUGCUGCCGGCGCUCGGCUGGAACUGUCUGAAGGACGAGUCCACGUGCAGCAUCUGCUGGCCUGUCACCAAAAACAAUGCUGUGGCGCUCGCCGUCACCUUCUUGCUUGUCUUCGCUCUGAUGAUGCAGCUCUACCUGCAAAUCUGCAAGAUCGCCUUCCGCCAUGCGCAACAGAUUGCCGUGCAGCACCAGUUCGUGGCCAUCUCCACCACCAAAGGCGUCUCUACACUGUCGGCCAUCCUGUGUGCCUUCGGGGCGUGCUGGCUGCCGUUUGCCAUGUACUCCAUCGUGGCUGACUCCAGCUACCCUGUAAUAUACACCUACGCCACGGUCCUCCCAGCCACCUGCUGCUCUGUGAUCAACCCCAUCAUCUAUGCGUUCCGCAACCCGGACAUCCAGAAGUCACUGUGGAUGGCCUGCUGUGGGUGCGUCCCAUCCAACCUCUCCCUCAGACCCAGGACCUCCAGUGACGUGUAGCAGGGGAGGUUGGUUUCCCUCUGAUGCUUGACGCAGAGUCAGGGUUGUAAGGUGGGAGAGGGCGAAACUGGGGGAUCAAGAGGAGAGUGGAAGGUCAAAGGUUAUGUCUGGGGAAAGAGAUUUCCUCUAGUCUUCAUUAUCAGGGCUGGUAGGCUGACGGCAAACGCACAGCUGGCCACAGUAAAAGUGGCACCUUACAUGUGGAGAAGGGAGGCGUGAUGAAGAUCAUGUUACGUUGUGGCUUGGAGAGCUGACGGAGGUGGCGGGAAACUAACUGCAAAAGCCUGAUUAAGGUAUCCUCAUGACGGUUGGUGGAGAGUGGCAGGCAGGGAGUGUGUCAGCUGACUUUUGCAACUGACCUCCUUUAGGAUGCCAGCAGUGAGGUCUACUUCUCCAGAGUAGCAUAUAUGUGAUGGUGGGGAUGAAUCUCCAUAGGAGCUGAGUUUGGGCAGCACUGCAUGGUUAUGCAAUCAGAAGGAGUGAAACAAGCUUAAAAUACUGUACGUGUUUUCACUGAUGUGUUUGAAAUGAAGUGACUUGUGGAUAAAAAUACCAUGAGCUAAAUAUACACAACGGAUGACCUUGAGUAUUCUCAAUGAGCUAUCUUCUGUCUUCAUUUUCUCCUGAUAGGGAAAAGCAGAAUAUUCCCUCCCUUGAAACAUAUUUUAACAACCAUGUCCCCUUGAUCUGACGUAGACCAGAGAGUGCAACAGCACCCAACUCUCACGCGUUGAAAAGCCUGUUUUUGACUCUUCCCAAUGCCAACAGCACAAUCUGCAUUUUGUCAAACCCUGAAAAGCAUGUCAGCGCGUGGAGCUGGCCACAGAUGACAAAACUCCUCCUAAUCACGCAUCCCUUCUCAUUCUCUCAAACUGGCUCCUAAUGCACACACAACCCCGGCUAGACUUCAGAGCCCGCAGAAAGAUUUCCAUGUCCAUGCUGGUGUGUGUGUGUGUGUGUUUGCUCU